AUGGCAGCAGCAGCUAUGCUGGAUGAAACACACGAGGGUUUGCCCCCAAUUCCUGGCGAUAUCAACACGUAUAAGCUUGGCACCAUAAAUCAGCACAAUGUUGUCAUUGCGGUCUUGCCACACGAUGGAUACGGCACGAACAAUGCAGCAGCCGUCGCGAGCAAUAUGGAGAGGAGCUUUCCUUCUCUUCGGGUACGUCUCAUGGUCGGUAUCGGUGGCGGAGCUCCUGGCCAAGUCGAUGUCCUACUAGGCAACGUAGUGGUCAGCAAUAGCGUUGUUCAGUACGAUAUUGGGAAGGUAGUGCGGGACGGGAAGUUCCAGCCGAAAGGAACCUCAACCAGACCUCCACCAGAACUGAUGACCGCGGUUGCGAACUUACAAGCAACACACGAGACAAGACAUGGUGGACUCCCUAGGAUCCUUGCUGAAGACCUUGAACGGAAUCCAUCCAUGCUGGGAUUCGCCUCUCGUUGCCACUUGCAGGAUUGGCUGUUUGAAAGUACCUAUGAACAUGUAGAGGGGCAAGACACAUGCGUGCAUUGCGAUGCUUCGAGAAUACAAGUUCGUCCAAAUCGACCAGACACCUACCCUCGCAUCCACCAUGGAGUCGUUGCUUCUGCCAACCGAGUUAUGAAACAUGCGACAACCAGAGAUGAAAAAGCCGAGCAAUUCAAUGCUAUUUGUUUCGAGAUGGAGGCGGCUGGAUUGAUGACCAACUUCCCCUGUCUAAUCAUCCGUGGAAUUUGUGACUACUCGGAUUCCCACAAGAACAAGCAGUGGCAACCUUAUGCAGCAACGGCGGCAGCAGCCUAUGCAAAGCAAUUUCUUUCAGUUAUAUCUGUGAAUAAGUCAAGUAUUAAGGCCGCCCAUACCAAAACAUAUGCCCUCGAUGAAUGUGAUCGGCACCAGCUCUAUGACAUGAUCACCUACUUUGAAGGUAUCGGAAAGUACGCUAUUAGUCAGGGAAUCAAAUUUCUUGUCUAUUUUUCUAGCCAUUAUUACCCCUAUAUUCACAUUGAGAACGGCAUCAAAUUGACCCUCGAGGACCAGCCUGGCCAUAGACACGAUCUAGAGAAGUACGUGAGGAGCAAGCUACGAGUCGGGCCAAAGAAGCGCAUCGAAGAGAUUAGUGACAAG